GCCAUGGAAAUGACCAGGCCGCUGGCCCUCUGAAGACGGAAAAGAACAGCAAGUGCAAGACCACGCAUUCCACCCGACUCCACUCGCAGAUUAAACCAGCUGUCAAGCCAGGGUGAAAGAUCAGUGGCCAGGCAGAGGUCUGCCAGCAGAGAGGCAAGGCCUCGCCGUGGAACUCCGAGAUGGCCAUUAUGUCCACCAUGGAAUCUUCCACCAUAUUCCAUUGGCCAGAACUCAGUCACGUGGCACCACUUCACUGCAAGAAGCUUGGAAAUGAAGUCCAAUGGUGUGCCAACGGAGAGAAGAAGACAUGGGUGAGUUCCGGCGAAUUGGCUCAGGGAGGGGAGACACAAACACACCGGCCCCCACUGGGCAAGAAUGGCACCACCUCCCGGGCACUGCCUCCUUCUGCUCUGCGCCCUGGGCACCUUUGCGCUCAACCGCUUCGCGAGAGGCCAGAGGAAUAGCACGCUCAUCUUCACGAGGGAGAACACCAUUCGGAACUGCAGCUGCUCUGCCGACGUCCGGGACUGCGACUACAGUCUGGCCAACCUGAUGUGCAGCUGCAAAACCGUCCUGCCCUUCGCCGUCGAGCAAACCAGCUACAACGGCCAUCUGACCAUCUGGUUCACAGACACGUCUGCGCUGGGCCGCCUGUUGAACUUCACGCUGGUGCAGGACCUGAAGCUUUCCCUGUGCAGCACCAACACUCUCCCCGCCGAAUACCUGGCUAUUUGUGGUCUGAAGAGGCUUCGCAUCAACACGGAGGCCAAGCAUCCCUUCCCGGAGCAGAGCUUACUCGUCCACAGCGGAGCAGACGGUGACUCCAAAGGGAAGCCCAGGUUGUUGCACAAAGGCUGGCAAACAUGUAUGUACAUCUCAUUCUUAGAUACGGCUCUUUUCAACAGGGACUCCUCCUUAAGAUCGUAUAGCAUUGAAAACGUGGCCAGCAUUGCCCACGACUUUCCUGACUUUUCUUACUUUAAAACCUUCCCAAUGCCAAGCAACAAAAGCUAUGUUGUUACAUUUAUUUACUAACGUUGUAACUGUGUCCAGCUCCGAGGAACUUUGACAAACCACUGAUAAUUUGAACAAGGAAUCUGGAAAUAAGGCCACGAGAUAGGUAUCCCUGCACAGCCACACCUUGCUCCCUGGCCCCCAUUCCCAGCAGAGCCACAUGUACAAAUAACCACCUCACCUCUCUCCGCUCUGCUCUGUGCUCAACUGUGUGAACUCUUUUGAAAAAUAAAAUAAAAAGAAACCAAAAAAUCCAA